GAUUUGUAUAAAUAAUAAAGAUCGCUCCUAGCCAGAGACACAAGCAACUCAUACCUCAAAGCAAAAGAACCAGCAAUCCGCUCAAGAUGCGCGCAUUCAUUGUCCUGUGUUUGGUGGCAGUCACCUGCGCCGAUAAGCUCGGCUACAACUACCAGCCCGUGGGCCACUCCAGCUCUGGACUGUCCUUCGCUCCUGGCAGCGGCUCUUUCAGUGGUGGAUCCAUUGGAGGAGGCUCCAUCGGAGGAGGUUCAAUUGGAGGAGGCUCUAUUGGAGGAGGCCUCAUUGGUGGUGGCUCUAUCGGAGGAGGAAGCAUCGGAGGUGGAUCCCUUGGUGGUUCCAUCGGUGGUGGCUCCAUCGAUUCUGGUCUUGGCGGUCUUGGUGGACUCGGUGGUCUAGGAGGUGGCGACGCUCUGGCCGCUCCAGUCUCCUACAACGCACCCGCACCCUCUGCUGAACUCGAGAAGGAAUUCUUCACCUUCACCGCCAACGAACAGGACUUCGAUGAGCCCCAGGAACUGGAGCGUGUUGCUGGAUCCGUGAACAAGGGACUGCGCGUUGUCUUCAUCAAGGGACCCGAGAACCGUGGUCUGGAGAACGCCGCCCUUGCCCUCGCCAAGCAGGCUGCCCAGCAGGAGACCGCCAUCUAUGUCCUGAACAAGCAGGCUGAUAUUGGAGAUCUUGCCCAGAAACUGAACGCCAUCCGCAACAACAACAACAACAAGCCCGAGGUGCACUUCGUCAAGUACCGCACUCCCGAGGAUGCUGCCAACGCCCAGCGCGCCAUCCAGGGUCAGUACGACCAGCUGGGAGGCUCCUCUCAGGCUCAUGAUGGUGGUGUUGCCCCCGCCCUGAACUUCGCCUCCGCUGGUCCCGUCCAGAAGGCCAACGCCCAGAUCCCCGAGAACGCCUACCUGCCCACUUCGGUGUUCCGUCGUCUGCGUUUCUAGGAAGGCUACGUCUUGGACCCCAUUAACUUAAGCAAAUCUCGACUGAAGAACUCAUUCUUCCUGUUACACGUUGUUGACUAAUGCAUA